GCCUGCCCGUCGCUUGGUUGCGGCGGCGCUUCCGUCCGUGGGGGCCGGCCGAAAUGGCGGCGGCCGCCGCAGCCUGGUGCCUCUCCUCCGUCUCCUCCUCUGCCGCGCUGCUGCGCCCGGACUGGGCGCCCCUGAGGCGGUGGCGAGCCCUGGCUCGCAGCGCCAGCAGCUUCCCUCGCAGCGCCGCCAGUGACGAAGCAACCGUUAUCUCAGGGACGAAGCUUGCACACCAGGUUUUGAAGGAAGUUCGAAGGGAUGUGGAAUCGUGGAUAUCGGCUGGGAACCAGAGGCCUCACCUCACUGUCAUAUUGGUAGGAGACAAUCCAGCCAGUCACAUCUAUGUCAGGAACAAGAUAAAGGCAGCUGCAGCUGUGGGCAUUUCUAGUGAGAUCAUACUGAGGCCUAAAGACAUUUCACAGGAAGAGCUCUUGGAUAUGACAGUAAAACUCAACAAGGAUUCCAGAGUUAGUGGGUUAUUAGUUCAGCUACCUCUCCCAGAUCACAUAGAGGAACGGACAGUGUGCAACGCCAUCGCCCCUGAGAAGGACGUGGAUGGGUUCCAUAUCAUGAAUGUUGGGCGGCUGUGUCUCGAUCAGCCUUCCAUCAUCCCUGCCACCGCUGCUGCCGUCUGGGAGAUCAUAAAACGGACGGGAAUACAGACAUUUGGAAAAAAUGUUCUUGUAGCUGGAAGAUCCAAAAAUGUUGGAAUGCCUAUUUCAAUGCUUUUACAUACUGAUGGAGAGCAUGAAAGGCCUGGAGGUGAUGCCACAGUGACCAUUACUCACAGAUACACCCCAAAGGAGCAGCUCAAGAUCCACACGCAGCUCGCUGACAUAGUAAUAGUUGCUGCAGGUAUCCCAAAGUUGAUUACAACUGAUAUGGUCAAAGAAGGUGCAGCUGUGAUUGACGUAGGCAUCAACCAUAUCCACGAUCCUCUUACAGGAAAAACCAAAUUAGUUGGGGAUGUGGACUUUGAAGGUACCAGCAACCCCCAAGAGAUACAGAUGAGCUCUUCUGGCAGUGGAGUAGAAGAAGUGAAGAAGAAGGCUGCCUUUAUCACUCCGGUGCCGGGAGGGGUAGGACCUAUGACUGUUGCAAUGCUUCUGAAGAACACACUCCUGGUCGCUAAAAAGCUCAUUUACUAGAGCAAAUGGGUUACCUUGGAAGAAGAAUCCAAGUUGUUCUAUUUAUUGAUACACAAAACACUUAUUUUUUACUACAAAUAUAUUUAUUUCUACAUUGUAUUUAUUUUUUCAUGUCAGGUAUGUCAAAGCUGAUGGUUUAUAAAAUGUUCAAAUACUUUGUCUUACCUCCUACUGACUCAUUGUGAGCAAAAUCGACUUGGAGAAUGCAGCCUAUGCAGAUAUGUUGGUGGUGGUGGCCAAUUACAUGUUUGAGAAUGAAGAAAAGCAGAAAUUACAGCUGUACCUGUGUAUUGGGGCAGUUAUCAAGGUCUUGUAAACACUUGGGACCUGUUCAAACAAUAUAAAAACUAAGACGUGCUGGAUAUCUUUCAAAUACAUGGUUUGCGUUCUGAGGUCACUAAGCACUCUGGAUGUAGUUCAGAGUCCUUAAAUACUUAUUUUUGAACAAGUAGAGCCAGCAGUGGCCAGGCAGUAAUGUUGACAUGAAUGCAAAUGUUCAGUAAAUGUUUUAAAAUAGUCAAAUAAGCUUGAAUGCUGGUGAAAUGCUGACUUGAAACAUCUGCAAGAGGUAAGCGUGAAUAAGUAGCUAGAAUUGAAGCUGGAGUCUGGGCCCAUUGUUUUGGUGCAUAACAGCCCCAUCUCACAACAACCCCUCAAACCUGAACAGUUGGUUGGGCUGAAUUUGAUUGAAAUUGAAUGGGAUAGAAUGAAAUUGAGUGGAAAGUAAUUUAAAUUACUAUACGCAUACAACAUAGGUAUUGCAGCAGGAGACGGAGGAGAAACUUUAUCCCUCAUGAAAUAUUUGUGUUGGAACUUUAAACCAUUUAAUGAUUCUCUUAUUUUUCAAAACUGCAUGAAGAGGGCUUUUUAGUCCAUGUUGUAAGCCUUGGCUUCAAUGGCCACAGUAUUUUGCUGGUUAGAGAAGAGCAUAUGGGAUAGGAUCAGUAUGCUUCUAUUCCCAAAGCUGGUUCCUGGAUGGAUCUAGAACAGUCCUAUGCAGUGUAGAAGUUGCUGAGAUGCCAGUUCAGCACCAGUGUGCACUGGUGACAUUGCCACUGAAGGUAGUAGUAGACAGUUUAGACUUCUACAUGUUUUUAUCUGGGCUGGGAUUACUGAUUUAUUUUCAUCAGGAGCCUUAGGUGUUUGCUAAUGGGCUAUGGAUGACUUGGAAGGGAAGGAAAAAGACUGUGGCUAAGUUUUCUUGCUGUUAAAGGGAAAAAUGCCCUUACUAUGAUAAAUAAGUCAAGGUGGAGCAUCAUUUCCAUGCUGGCUGUUCUUGUGAUGGAUUUUGAGUUUGCUUUAGCACGAUGUUUGCAGAAGUUUGACAGGAUUGUUAUUAAAUAUACAGUGCCAAUGGUGCAGACACUUGCUUGUCUUUUUAAAUGUAGGUGGUAAUAUAAAUUCAUGUGGUAAUAUAAGUGGUAGGAAGAUGAAGGCACCUAUGGAGACUGUACUUGGACUCAUCAACCCAUGACUGAAAGAUGGAAUAAAACUUGUUCGCUGUUA